GUUAAACGGUGCAGUUCUCAAAUCUAUGUGCUAGCUUGUUCUUGAAUCAGGUAGAACAAGUCCAGAAACUAAGACCCAUUCCCCGGCGCCGGCGAAACUUUCCGGCAACAAUGAACUUCCGAUCUCUGGUGUUCUUUAUCUUGUUUCUCUACCUGGCAACUUCAGCUGCUGCUCAGAGAAGAAACGGAACAGGGUUAUGGCAGACAUUAGACGGCAAUGCACCUUUGGUGAUAGCAAGAGGGGGGUUUUCAGGUUUAUUUGCUGAUUCAAGUUCAGGUGCAUAUCAGAUAGCUGGAAUGGUUAGUUUGCCCAAUUUGAUCGUCUGGUGCGAUGUACAAUUGACAAAAGAUGCAGUUGGAGUUUGCUUUCCACAUCUCAAUCUUCAAAACGGUUCUAAUAUUGCAUCUGUUUACCCAAAUGAGUCUUCUACCUACCGUGUCAACGGGGUACCAACUGAAGGAUGGUUUAGUUCAGACUUCACCCUGAAUGAUUUGUCAAACAUUUUCUUAACUCAGCAAAUCUUUUCUCGACCUCCAAACUUUGAUGGCAAUGCCUGGCCAGUUCUUACAAUUGAUGACCUUGUUAAUAUAUUUGCUCCUCCAGCUCUUACUCCAGGGUUAUGGCUAAAUAUUGAGCAUGACGCAUUCUUCAGCCAGCACAACCUAAGUAUGAGAAGCUUUGUACUUUCUGUAUUGAAGACGACUCCAGUUGAUUACAUAUCUUCUCCAGAGGUCAACUUCCUGAAGGGUCUAUUGGCACGUAAACCAGUCACAACAAAGCUUGUUUUCCGUUUUCUUGGUCAGAAUGAAAUCGAGCAGUCGACCAACCAAACUCAUGGAUCCCUCAUAAGAAAUCUUACUUUUAUUAAGACAUUCGCAUCAGCGAUUCUUGUUCCCAAAAACUAUAUUUUGCCUGUAGAUGCACAGCUCUAUCUAUUGCCUUCUACUUCAGUUGUUCUAGAUGCUCACAAAGCGGGUCUUCAAGUGUUUGCUUCAGAUUUUGCAAAUGACAAUGUAUUUGCGUAUGAUUACAGUUAUGACCCUUUAGCUGAGUAUCUGUCUUUUAUUGACAAUGGCAAUUUCUCCGUUGAUGGUGUACUUUCUGACUUCCCAAUAACUCCAUCAGCCGCUAUAGAUUGCUUCUCUCAUGUUGGCAAAAAUGUCUCAGGACAAGCAAAACCCUUGAUCAUCUCAAAUGGUGGAUCAAGUGGAGACUAUCCUGCUUUUACUGAUAAAGCAUAUGCUAAAGCCAUAACAGAUGGUGCAAACAUUAUUGAUUGUCAAGUUCAGAUGACAAACGAUGGAGUUCCUAUAUGCUUAAGCUCAGUUAAUCUCAUUGACAGCACGAAUGUUGUUCAGUCGUCUUUCACCAACUUGACAAGCAGUAUCCCAGAGCUUCAAAUAGUUGAUGGGAUCUUUACCUUUAGUUUAACAUGGAGCCAGAUACAGACUUUGUCUCCGGCUAUAUCAAACCCAGAAUCAAAAUACUUUUUGUACAGGAAUCCUAAAGCUAAAAAUGAUGGGAAGUUUAUGGCAUUAUCUGAUUUUCUUGCCCUGGCCAACAAUGCUACCACAGUUUCUGGUGUAAUGAUCAUUGUAGAGAAUGCUGCCUAUUUAGCUGAAGGACAGGGACUAGAUGUGACGAAUGCUGUCCUUGAUACUUUAAAGAAUUCUAGUUACACUAAGACGAAAGCAAACAAAGUUAUGAUCCAAUCUUCAAACAGCUCUUUUCUCAUAAAGAUGAAGGAUGUGAGCAGUUAUGAGCGUGUUUAUAGAGUGGACGAGAAUAUUCGAGAUGCUGACAACUCCACCAUAUUGGAAAUCCAAAACUUUGCGGAUGCAUUGGUUAUCAACAAACAGUCUGUCUUCCCCGAAUUAAAGUUAUUUCUCACUAGUAUGUCCGAUGUUGUUCAGAAGUUGCAAGCGUUCAAGUUUCCAGUUUACGUAGAGAUCUUUAGAAAUGAGUUCCCUUCACAAGCAUGGGAUUUUUUCUCUGAUGCAACCGUCGAAAUCAACACAUACGUUACCAGUGCUGGAAUCGAUGGUGUCAUCACCGAUUUCCCUCUCACUGCUGCAAGAUACAAGAAGAACAAGUGUUUGGGAUUGGGAAGUAAGACACCAAAUUACAUGAGCCCUGUGCAGCCAGGCAGCUUACUGCAACUCAUUACUCCUGACCUAAUGCCACCAGCAGAAGCUCCCUAUGGAAUCCUGGAUGAAGCUGACGUGGCAGAGCCACCUCUGCCACCUGUUACAACCAAACCCACAACUUCUGGAACCAACAAUGGCUCGACCACUGCAGCUGCUGCUCCAGGCCACCAACCAAAUAGGGGGCAGCCCAAAGCAGUUGGAUGUGUCUUCAUUUCUUCUAUGGCUCUUCUCUUGGCAAUUGUCUCAUUAUUUUGAUGACAUAAAAUGGGCAUUUUGUUGUAUUUGAAAUCGAUAAUUUCAUUUUAUUCAUUCUUGGCUGUUGUAAUUUAUUACAUAAAUCCAUACUGUAAGUUAUGAGUGCAUUGCCAUGAUUUGGUCGGAUUAUUCAUGUU